AUGGAUCCGACGGAUCUCAGUCAUCCUGGCUCGUCGGACGCACCGGCCCAGCCUGGAUCUAGGGCUCCUACCCCGUCUAUGACGGCUCCAGACAACAGUAAUCCCAUAGCAGUUUCCCGCAUGACUGCAGAGCCAGGACCUCGGGAUACUAUUGGCACAUCGACUGCACCUAUCCCACCUCUUCCCAACCCUCGCACUCCAACACCAGCACCGGCUGGUGCCCGGGUCUACCCGUGGACUGAGAGGGGGAACAUGUACGGCUACGACGUCGAAGGUGGCCACAGACUCCGAGAACGGUAUGAGCGAGAGAAUCCAUACCAAAGCAGAACUGAGCCUGCGCCGAGGCGACGAAGCAGAAGUCCUGCUGGCUUGCCUCUGCCACAAUUGGGCCCCUGGGAGGGCAGUGACUUGCGCAAUGGUGCGACGGAGUCGUCUCUAUCGCCACUGUUUUCUCGAGACAACAAUCAAACUAGGACUGAGCGGCACGGGCCUCUCCUAUCUUUGACUCUCCCUCCACUGGAUCUUCAUAACCAUGAGUAUCGUGAAGAGCGUGAGGCUCAUCAGGAAAGUCUGCCCAAUGGCCACGGCCACAAUCAACGUCGGGUACAGCCACAGCAGGGGUUGAUAAACCUGGAACAGUCAGACAGGAAGAAGCCCGAAGACGCAUCUUUGUGCGAGUUCUCCUCCCCAUGCCGGAUGGCGCCUUCACCAGAUGGUAUGCACUUCCGCAAGGUUGUCUCGCAUGUCUUCGGGCGCAACAAGACAACCACCAAGCUCUUCCCGCGCAGCGUGUGGGUUCACUACUGCCGCAAACACUACCAGCGAGCGCGGUACCGCGCCGACCAAUGGCCAUUCACGCAGUGCGAGCUGCUGCUCGAGUCGCUCAACCGGAUGGAGGCAUGGGGCGGAGUCGAAAGCUUCGAGCUAAUCCUCCGCCGGCGCGAAAUGAUGCGCACAGAUGAGGCUAACGAGCCAGCCGGUUCGUCUGGUACCGGCCGAUCCUCUGCAGCACUGGCACCGCCGGCCUCAUUCGGCGCUCUGCAGUCCGGCCGCAGACACCCCACGGCCAUUAUCUCACCGGUACCAGACUGGCUGCGCGUCCAUCUGGGACCGGGCAAGUCAUUCGCUGAGAUCCGUCGCAUCGUGAUGCAGGUGCGCGAGCACAUGAUCACGCUGCGGAACGACGAGAAAAACCGCCAGAUCCUACUGGCCACUCGUGCGUCGGUGGCUUCUCCCCGGGAAUCGCCAAAGGGGGGCUGCGGUGGUGGUGGUAGUGGGCGCCGUGCUACGCCCAAUCGCUACAAGAACACCCUACGCCAGCAGAUCAGCCGCGUGCGGUUCCCCGAUGUCGAGAUCCUGCCGACGUUCCGGAUGUGGGUUCUCGAGGCGGCGCUGCGGCAGCGAAGCAGUACAGACCAGGUGAGCGAGGAGAAGGAAGUGAAUGGAGAACAUGGAGAGAAUAGUCAACGCAGCAGUGCUCGGGAGAACGACGAAGACACUGUGCAGCAUGGCAACUCGAGCAUCGCUCCUGUAUCUGUACCUGCACAUGUUCCUGCAGCAUCGGACUCGCAGUCGGCCGGGCAGGAAAUCGGAAGGGCCGGUACCAAUAGGGGUGGGUCGGAGAGCCAGAGACGGCGCAGUGCACGCUUGUUCUUGCGCAUGGCGACGCGCGUGUCCUCGCGUGGCUCAGUGAAGAAGCCACACAAGUGA